UACUGGUAAAUUACUGGUAAUCUUACAACCUCUCUUACUGGUAAAUUGGCAGCACUGAUUUACCAGAAAGGUUCUGUCAUGACCUCUUUACUGCAAUUUAACCAGUAAAUUACCACUAAAGACCAGUGGCGGCUGGUGACUUCUUUUUUCGAGGGCGCUCGAUGCGAAGUUCGUCACAACAUGUAUGUAGCUUGUCAUGUGUGUGGUUCGUAAUUUCAAAAUAUGUGUUCUGUGCUUUGAGAGGUCAUGUGUGCAUCACGUGCCAAAAUAAGUGCCUGCUGCAGACGCCUCUAAAGGGUUUAUGAUAAAAGAGACGCUCGCGUUUGCCAGAUACUCGCAUAAUCUCAUGCGUGAUCAGAGUUUACUGUUAAGGAAGUGUCUAGCGUGUAUUUUGAGAACGUGAGCGUCUCUUUUAUCAUAAACGGUUUUGGCGCGUGUGCAGCAGGCACUUUUUUGACAAAACACAUGAUGCACACAGGAUCUCGUCACGCAGGACAUAUAUUUUGAAAAAGGGAACCACACACAUGACAAUCCGAACACUUAUUUUGAAUUAGCGCAUCACGGCCGCCACUGGUAAAGACUGUAUGUGUGAAAGGGCCUAAUGUCAGAUGUAAUGCUAAACAUGGCCAAGGUGUAUAAUAAAGUCCUCUGGCAGCUUUGCCUCAACUCUUUAUGAAGUUUCCUGGUGGACAGAUAGCUUUACUUAUUGAAAAUGCUAGCUGUUGCUAAAGAUAGCUUGCAGCAGCUCCUGUUAUAAUCUGCAGUCCAAAGCAUCUGUAGGGUACUAAUGUUGAUGUUUACAUCUCUAACACACCAUACCCCCAAAGCAUUAAGCUUCCUGUCUUGAUAAGAAUUAGCAGUAGAAUGGAUAUAUAUUCACAGCAAAUGAAGCUAACUAACUAGCAGAAGCUACAGGGAUCACAGAAUUACAGUAUAGGGCUUGAAAUGCAGCAUCCCUGCUGAAAAAAACAGCAUACCAGCAAGACCAGCAUAUGUUGUGUUUUGGUGCUGGUUUGCUAGUGAACACCAGCUAAACCAGCAUCAAACCAGCAUUAGCACCAGCAAUAGCACCAGCUAAACCAGCAACAAACCAGCAUUAACACCAGCUAAACCAGCAUUAGUACCAGCAUCCCAUGCUGUUCAUACCAGCAUAUGUUGUGUUUUGGUGCUGGUAUGCUGUGACCACCAGCUAAACCAGCAUAGACCAGCAUAAUUCCCAUGCUGGUCCAUGCUGGUUUGAUGCUGUAUUUUUCAGCAGGGAUCAUACAGCCUAUUUUGUUAAAUCAAACAAUUCAGUGUACAGAUUUGUCCACCUCCAUUUUCGUAAUCACAGGCCAUUGUUCUUAAUGAUCAGAAACAAUCUUCACAACUGUGAAAACUGGUGAGUCGCGGUGACGUGGCCACAGUUACUCAGCAGACCGGGCGAUUUGAACUUGAAGUUGCUCAUUCAACUAUAUAUAUAUUCAAGCAUUAUUGUCAUUAUUUCGUAUGUAAAGUGAUAUACAAAUAAAGAUUGAUUGAAUAUUGAUGCCAUCCAAUAAAGCACUUCACAUAUUUUGCUUUUCUAUUUUCAAGCAAAUCAAAAUAACCUUUUAGAUAUAUUGUGAGCAUAAGGCUCUCCUGAUUUUGCCAAGUGGUUGAUGUCCUCAGGGCAACAUUAUGUUGACCCUGGGACAACAUUUCAAUCAACCAAUCAGAUUUCAGAAAUAAGUUUACAGUUAAGUUUAAGCUUACAACAAGGAUUAGCUGUUUCUAGACCAUUGUUUUUCACUAGUUGUUAUUUAGAAAAAUUUUGUCUUUGGGUCAACACAAUAUGUUGCCCUGAGGACAUCAACCACUUGGCAAAAUCAGUUCGAGCUGAGUAUAAACUGACAAAAGCAUAAAAGCACUGCAGUAAAUAUUGAAUAUUUUUACCAGUAUUUCACCAGGUUAUCAUAAAAUAUUUCUGGCUACUGUGUUUAAGUAUAAACCAGUUCAAAUGAUGUAAACAACACAGAAACACUUCCUGUUACAGUUUGUGACAGUUAUUUUUUUAUUUCACAUAUAUUAUUAUCUUUAAGAUGUUUGUUUAACUUCAGUUAAUUCAGGUUUAUAUGUUCUGUUGGUUUAUUUUAUCCAAACGUUUAUCUAGUGUUAAAAAACUGAAACAGGAAGUGCUUCUGGACCAGUGUUGUUUACAUCUUUUGAAAUGGUCUAUACUCCAACUAACUGUGCACAAACUCAAUAAAGGCACAUUCCUUUGGUCAAAUGUUAGCUAAUAUUAUCACUGACCACACAAUACAUGUCACAUUUAAAAUCAAAUUAACUUAAAACAUGUUACAUUUUGAGAUUUAGGCCUACUGUGAGGUUAUCCUAACUUUAGAAUGUUAUUAAAGACAGAUUUUAUUUUUUUAUUGUUUUAUUUUUAAGAAUUUGAAUUCUUCUUAAGUUUUAUUAAGAACAACAUUAAGGAAAAAAAUAAGAGCAUUCUUAAGAAGGUUUUUUGAGAAUACAAAAUAGGAUGACGUCAAAGUACCGCGAGAGCGAGACGAAAUUAGACUUCGUAUGAUUUCUCGAAUCGUUCUCGCGGUACUUUGACGUCAUUCGACUGCCAGUUCUUACGGCGCAGCUUGAAGUCGAACAAGCCUUUUGGGACACGUGUUUCUAAACGUGUGUAACUUCCAAUCAUUUUAAAGAACAACUGCAACGUUUGAGUGGGAGGGGUUACGAUACAUGCUACGAUACAGCGUGAGACCAGUGUGAGCCAGAGAGGAGCGCGGGAAGAAAGCGAAAACAAGUUGAAAGAGAGCGACCGACUUGUAUGUGCAACGCGUGCGAUAUUCAGCAAAAGAUGCCAUUGACAGUCUGCAAUUAAACAACAACUGCAAGAUUUCGCUGACCUCAAUGUAAUCUGAAGAGUUAUGGAUAGACAGAGUGCUCUUUCCUCUUUCCUUACCUCAACGCUCCCGAAACUAAGGGAACUUGACCCUUUGCUUGAGGCUCUUCAAGAAUUAGGAGUGCAUGACCUUGAAGACUUGAACUACAUUCAAGAGAGUGACCUUCUUCAUGUCCUGAAGCCAGUGGAAGCAAGGAAACUUAUUUCCCAUUUUAAAACCACAAGCCAAAGAGAUGCGGUGGACAGUCUUCCCAGCAACCAACAGUCCUGUGACAGUCCUCAUACACAGCCUGAUGAGAUGUUCCCUUCUGGUGGCUGCAGCUCAGCAAGUUCAAAUUCACCAAGGUCAACAUCUAGUUCAAGUAUGAGUUGCACACCUCGUCAACCGUCUGACAACAGCUGGCAUUUUAAUUUUGAAAUUCCAUGGAAGAAGUUGCCAUCUCAGCUCAUCAAAAAAUUAGAAGAAGGGAAGCGACCAACAAAGAGUGACAGACUUGAAAUUAUACGGCUGAUUGUCAGUGAAAUCUUAACAAUAUGCCCAACACCCGGGAAGAAACACAUGAGUGAGAUCGCAAGAAAGAUGGCAAAGGUGUAUCCUGUGGCAUUCACUGAUGUCAUUGAAGGUGAAAUUGUGGGCAGUGGAUAUGACUCACUCACAAAACAGAUGGUCAGCAGGGUGGAUAACUUGAGGAGAGGAAGCACUCCACUUUCCUUAAAAAGACAACUUAUUAGCACCAGUGAAGGAGAUGAUACCCCACCCAGGAAAGGAAGACUAGACGCCUAUGGAUGCAUAAAUUGGCAACCAAUGCGUCUACCAACUGAUGAAACACUGGAAUCCCAGAAGCAAGCACAAGAACAGUUAAAGAAAAUGUACAAAGAAAGAUGCCGUGACACCAAAAGUAUUGAGAGAAUGAUGAGGACCACCUUCUGCACUCAGAGAAAAGACAUUAUCAAUGGAAUUGAGACCUCUGAUUUGACAAACGAUUGGCCAUAUUUAUUUGAAAUAACUGGCAUGAAGACUCAUUUUAAAGAGCUUACAGGCAUGGACAUUGAUGACAAAGCCAUGGAAAACAAAUAUGCCAGGGUUAUUUCAUACCUCAAGACCAAUGACAAGACAGGGAAGAUGGAGACCAUCUUCAGAGAAAUGGAAACAUCAAGCAAGAAUGUUGCAGAUGUCAAUGCUGCUGGGUUUCUUCAACUACUUGUUAGAUAUUUCAAUGAGGAAGAAGACCAGAUGUUCCAUAAACUGGAUCAAACAACCCUGCCCUCUGAAGUCAACUGUGCGGAACUUCCAAGUACGCCAUGCAUUGUUGUGUGCGGAAAUUCUCCUUUGGCUGCAGAGUACUUCAUGCUUUCUGUGGACCAGACCAUUGUGAAUGGUCACAUCAAUGCCUUCACUGAUGCUCUUGUGUUAAUGUUUGCCACGUAUUACUGCCUGAACAUCUCUUACCCAGCAGCCCAAGGAGCAACACUGGAGUUCUUGCAGAGAUGCCUUUUCAAGAUUAACCCGGACAAGGGAUCGAAGGUGGAGAAGAACUCUGCAAAAAAGCAGCUGCCGGUUAGUCCAAGGGUUCUAUCCCUGAUAACGAAAAUUGCGGACUAUGAGUGGAGGGCAUAA